AUGUUCGACACACAAUUUCGUCUAUCGCCUAAUCUAUUAGAUAAUAGUACAACAUCUAAUGAUUUAUCAUCGAAUGGACCAUGGCCUCAGAUUUCAUUUGAUCGACUACUUGAACAUCAUGAUAUAACACCAGCACGACCAAUAUCAAUCGAUGAUUCAACUAAUAAUGAGUUUUGGUCAUCGUCAGCACAAUUUCAAGAAUUUUUUAAUAAUUAUCAUCGACAUCUCCAACAACAAAAUCAACCCCUUGAUAUAUCAUCUUUACUAUCAUCAUCACCACCACCACCCAUACAGCAGCAGAACCAUCACCAACAACAGCCGCAUCAACACCACCAACAGCAACAUCAUCAUUAUCAACAACAACAACAACAACAACAACAACAACAGCAGCAGCAGCAGCAGCAAUCCCAAUCACAUUUUCAAGUACCUCUUGUUGAUAAUCAUAUAUUUGAACCACAAGCAGAUUCACAACCUUUAAUUUUCGAGCAAUAUCCAUCUGACAAUAGUCAUGUGUCUAUGAGACGCGAUCCAAUUCAAUAUCAACAACAAUCACAGCCAUAUACAAAUCGUUCAAAGCAAACAGCAUACAUUCAACGGCACCAGUAUCAACAACAACAACAACAGCAGCAGCAGCAAUAUAAUCGAGCUGUGCACAUUCUUCAAGUACCUAUUGAAGAUCAAUAUCAAUAUCAACAACAACAACAACAACAACAACAGUCAACAAUAGGCCAGCCACGUUUUAAACAAAAUCCACCUCCGGCUUAUGUUGCUUGCUUAAAUCAUGGUAUAAAUUAUAAUGGUGUCUCGGGUCCACCUAUACUUCUACCACCAUCAUUUUAA